AUGGAGGGCGAUCACUCGCUCGGGCCGGCCGGCGGCCGACCCGGCGGCACCAGCGCCCAGCGCGACAGCCGCCAGGGCAAGGUUCGGGACAAGCGCGCUGCCGCGGUCCAGACCACUGCCGAGCAGCUCAUCCGCGAAUCCUACGAGCAUCGCGAGGUCCCGUCCAAGCCGCCGCGUCAGGAAAUCGCCGACGAGGACGAGCUGAAGGAGUAUCAGAGCCGCAAGCGCACUGCCUUCGAGAAUAAUAUCCGCCGGUCUCGGCAGACCGUGUCCAACUACACGAAGUAUGCCAAGUGGGAGCAGAACCAGGGCGAGCUGGAGCGGGCCCGGUCCAUCUAUGAGCGCGCCAUCCAGUCGAUCCCCAACAGCCCGCAGGUGUACAUCAACUACACGGAGUUCGAGAUGGUCCACUCGAAUGUGAACCUGGCGCGGAACAUCUUCGACCGGGCGGUCACGCACCUGCCGCGCGAGGAUUCGCUCUGGUACAAGUAUGUGUACAUGGAGCAGAAGCUCGGGUCCAUUCCCAACGCGCGCGAGGUGUUUGAGCGGUGGAUGGAAUGGCAGCCGGAUGAGGCGGCCUGGAACAGCUACAUCAACAUGGAGCAGUCCUACCGGGAAUAUGAUCGCGUCCGGGCCAUCUACCAGAAGUUUGUCAAGGCCCAUCCCCAGGCGCAAACUUGGAUCCAGUGGGCCAAGUUCGAGGAGACCAUCCAGCGAAGUGUCAAGCGCGCGCGUCAGGUCUUCGAGACGGCCAUCGAGUACCUGAGCGACUACCCGGAUGUGCAGCUGUUCACGGCUUUCGCCAAGUUUGAGACCCGCCUGCACGAGUUCGACCGGGCACGCAUCAUCUACAAGUUCGCCCUGGACAAGUUUCCCAAGAGCUCGGCGCCCGGGCUAUUUGACGAGUACACCCGGUUCGAGAAGCAGUUCGCCUCCAAGGAGGACAUCGACCGUGUCCUGUAUGAGAAGCGCCAGCUGGAGUAUGAGGAUGAGCUCCUCAAGAACCCUGACGACUUGAACACCUGGUUCGAGUAUCUUCGUCUGGAGGAGUCGUACGGUGAUGCGGCAGCCAUCCGCAAUUUGUAUGAGCGCGCCAUUGCUCAGGUCCCCCCGGCCGAUGAGAAGCGCCUUUGGCGGCGGUACAUCUACUUGUGGAUCCGGUACGCCCUCUUCGAGGAGGUGGAUGCGCAGGACUUCGAGCGCACGCGGGCCGUGUACUUGGCAGCCCUGUCGCUUGUGCCGCACCAACGCUUCACCUUCGCCAAGCUGUGGCUGCUGUAUGCCAAGUUCGAGAUCCGCCGGGGGAAUCUGUCCGCCGCGCGGAAAGCCCUGGGCAAGGCCAUUGGUGUGGCGCCGAAGCCGCGCCUGUUCAAGGGCUACAUCGACAUCGAAAUGGAGCUGCGCGAGUUCUCCCGCUGCCGCAUCCUCUUCGAGAAGUACCUCGAGCACUUCCCCACCUUGACGUCGGCGUGGAUCCGCUUCGCCGAGAUGGAGCGUGCCCUGGGCGAGGAGGAGCGGGCGCGGGUGCUGUGCGAUUUUGCGCUGGCCCAGGAGGCCGGCCUCGACGCUCCGGAGCAGCUGUGGCGGUCGUACAUCGCCGCCGAGGCGGAGGAUGGCGAGUAUGACCGGGCUCGGGCGCUGUACGAGCGCCUGCUCCAGGCCGGCGGCCGGCACAGUCUGCGAGUGUGGCUGUCGUAUGCCGAGAUGGAGGUGUCCUUCGCGCAGGAGCUGGCCGAUGCCGAGCCGGCCGAGAGCGCCGAGUGCCUGGCUCGGGCGCGGGCCCUCUACAAGCGGGCCGACCGUGCCCUGGCCGAGGAGGUCCAGGCCCUGCAGGCCAUGGACCCGGACCUGCCGGAAAGCGAUCCCGCCCUGUCGGGCCUGGUGGACACGCGCGUGGUGCUGUACACCUCGUGGCGGCGCUUUGAGGCCCAGUGGGGCGAUGCCGAGUCGCGCCAGCGCCUGAACGCUUGGCUUCCGCGUCGGCACAAGAAGCGCCGCCGGGUGGAGGCCGCCGAGACCGACGGGUCGGCCCUCUACGAGGAGUAUUAUUCGUAUGUCUUCCCGCUGGAUGCCGAGGUGGCGGCCGAGGAGGCCUUGCGGUCUGGAGCCGCCAGCCGCCAGGCGUCCGACGCGCGCCUCCUGCAGCUGGCCAACCUCCUGGGGGACGACGACAGCGACGAUGAGGAUGAUGAUCUCCCUCUUGAGGAUUUGGGUGCGCUGCUGGGCCAUGGCGGCCCGGCGGCCGCCACCGCCGGGAGCCCCGGGGCCGACAGCCCGGACGACGAUGCCCCCGGGACUGGCCGCGCCUCCAGUGAAGAGGCCGAUGCCGGAUCGCCUGCCGCAAGCUCCUCCGCCAACGCCAGUGGCGACGACGGGUCGGCCUGA